UUGUAUGAUUUAUUCCUUGAAAUUUUUCCAGAUCUGUUUUUUAUUGCUGCCGUCUCUGAUGACUGUUGUCCAGCCGUUAGUUUUGCGCUUUUAACUGUGAAACAUCUGUUUUCUAGAUAUAGGUGGCAGAAAGAAAGAUGGGCGCUGAAAGAACGGUACGCAAUGUAUGGCCGAAGUAGCGGCGUCGUUCCGGGAGUCAUGUGGCCAACUCGGUCUGAACUGGAGGAAAUAAUCGCCGAGGAGAAAGAAUGGUCUCCUCAGUUUCAGGACACCGUGGACGCCGUGAAAGCCGAAGCAAAAGAGUUGGAACUCAAACAACAGGCCCGAAUUAAACAAGUGGAAUCAAACGUCAAAAAUUAUGCGAAAGAGUUGGAAAAGUACAGAGAGAAAUUGCGCAAGAAGGAAGAAGAAAUCGAAAAAGCCAAGGCCAUGAAAAUGGCCAAAGUCAGAGAAAUACAGGUUAUUACGAUUCUGUCGUUUUUACAUACAGAUGUGUAA